AAUGGAUUAAUCUUCUAGAUUAUAAUAAGGAAUAUUGAUAUAAUUAAGGAAUGUGGCUACAAAAUAAUAUCUGAAAGGAACCAUUCAUUUUGUGACAAUGAAAAGUUUUUUUAGACAAAAAGAACUUGAAGAAUACUAUUUGGGAACAACUCAAAAAGAAGAUGACUUUUAUACUUACUUUAUUAUUUAAAAAUACUUACCCACUAAUAAUAAUUUAGAAUUAGGAGAUAUUGUAUCAAUAUAAAACUAUGGAUAAGUGUAAUAUGUGAAUCUAAAUUCAAAAAGAUAAUCAGAAGUUACCAAAUAAUGUUAUGCCUAUUUAGGUGAAGAAAAACAUUAUUUUGUUAUUCAAUCUGAUAAUGAUAUAUUUACUAAUAAUUGUUAAACCAUCGAAACUUCCAUAACCAAUAAAUAUUUAAGAUUUACAUCUAUAGAUAAUGGAUAUAGUUUGCAUUCUCAUCCUAAAGCUUAUAAAGCCUAACAUGUGUCAUAAUAUAAUGAAGUGUCAGGAUAUAAAAAUUGUGAUGAAAAUACUUUAUGGGAAAUUCUUCCUGUUAAACAAAAUUAAAUCAAGGGUUUUAUACAUAAGGUUUAAACUUAUCAACUAAUUCAAAUCUAUUGUGGAGAUAUUAUAAUAAUUAGAAAUCUUAAGACUGGAUGGACUCUACAUUCUCAUACAACAUGUUACAAAUCAACAAAAUUAUAAGAAGUCUCUCUCUUCAGUUAUCCAAGAGAUAGUACUAUUUAUAAAUAUUAUAAUAGAUAAUGAUUUUUGGAUUAUUACAAAGUCAAACUUAAAAGAUAUAGAUGAUGGAAUAUUAAAAAAAAAUGAUGAAAUUAUACUACAACAUUAUUAAACUAAUAGGUUUCUUUAAUGUUCAAAUUUUUAAUCAUACAGCUAAUCAGGACUUUAAGUUUAUGGAUCAGAUAGCAAACCUAUGACAGGAUUUUUGUUUGAAUGUAUAAAAAUUAUUAAAUUUAGAAUUUGAUAACUUUCCUUUGAGAGUCAAUCACCCAUUUGUAAUUAAAAAUAGUACAAAUAACCUUUACUUAUCAUGUUCUAAUUUUUAAACAGAGAGUAAAAUAGGAACAUAACAAGAGGCUGUUUUUGUAUAAAAAAUUAAUGAUUAAUGUCUAUGGGUAGUAGAAUUUAGAAAACAAUGA